UCAAAUAUGAAGUGUGCGCUCGUGUUGUGUAGCCUCAGUUUUUUAUAUUCGCAAAUAUGUCACUCAGCAAACAUAGUGGCAUUUAUGCCAUCUCCAUUCUACAGCCACCAAAUAGCUUUCAAACCGCUAUGGCUGGCCUUGGCGAAAAGAGGACAUAAAAUCACUCUUAUCCAACCCAACGUCAUUGUAGAAAAUAACGAGAACAUCACCCACAUAGUCCUGAAUGGAACUUACGAUAUUCUGGAUAAAUAUAACCACGUACACAGUCUGGUAGAAGGUCAGUCUGUAAUGAAGGUAUUAUAUGCAGCAUUGGAAGCCGUGAUGGAAGGUCUUGAAUACCAACUAACACAUCCCGGAGUCCAAGAGUUGCUGAAAGGAGAGAAAAAAGUCGAUCUGUUCUUCACGGAGUUCCUUCUAACGUUUGGUUUCUCUCUCGGUCGAAGUCUCAACGCCCCAAUGAUUGGCGUGGUAUCCAUGGACACCACCAUAGAAGGUCAUAUGUCCGCAGGUAACCCAACUCACCCAGUGAUGUACCCAGAUAGAGAUAUGCCUUAUCCCCUGCCACUGACACUCAAGGAGAGAAUGUUAAACACUCUUCAUUGGUUAGUUGACCGUGUUAUGAAUGAAAUUUUUCUAAAUCUACAGGACAGGGUGGCGAGUAAAUGCCUAGGUCAGCAGAUUCCUUUGAACGAUAUUAUCAAGAAUGUCAGUCUAGUGUUCAUAAAUGCCAAUCCAUUGUUUAAUGUGGUGAGACCUUUAGGACCCAAAACUGUCAAUAUUGGGGGAGGUGUUCAUUUGAUGGAACCUCAACCAUUACCUACGGAGCUACAGGACUAUUUAGAUAAUGCCAGAAAUGGAGUUAUCUAUUUCAGUUUGGGGUCCACCAUUAGCAGUAAACAUCUCUCUAAUACCACAAAAGAAGUAAUUUUGAAAACCUUUUCGCAGUUGCCGCAUGAUAUAUUAUGGAAGUUUGAUGAAGAAAUUGUUAGUAAACCCAAAAAUAUGAAAAUAAUGAGAUGGACACCGCAACAGGAUCUCCUCAGACAUAAAAAUAUAAAACUUUUCAUCACUCAAGGUGGCCUCCAGUCUGUGGAGGAAGCUAUUUUCAAUUAUGUGCCCAUGAUUGUUCUGCCGUUUUUUGGAGACCAACAUAACAAUGCAGAAAAAAUGGUAGCCAGAGGAUUUGGUUUAACACUAGAUCAUAAUAAGUUGGAUGUAAGAACAUUUAGAAGUGCGAUUUUGGAAGUUAUCAACAAUCCAAAGUACAGAGAAAGGACAAAAGAAUCAGCCGAUCUCGUCAUGGAUCAACCAAUGAGUGGAUUGGAAAAAGCAGUCUGGUGGACUGAAUACGUACUGAGACAUGGUCAAACGGAUCAUUUUAGGAAUACUUUGUCCGACAUACCGUGGUAUCAGUUUCUACUUUUAGAUGUAAUCCUUUGUUUCCUUGUAAUAACAGUUAUAGUGGCAUACGUUUCCUUUAAGCUGUUACAACUUUUAAAAUGCUUGGCAUAUAAAUUGUAUGGUAAGCUAACUAGAAAGAUAAAGACGAAAAUAAAUUAGAUUAGAAUACAUAAUAUAGUUGCAAUUAGCUAAUAACAUUUCAAAUUAUUUGCUGUGAUUAUUAAAAGAAUAUUUCAAUGAAAAUUAAUUAUUGUGAACAAUGAUCGUGAAGAAUAAAAACCCACUGGAUUCGCAUAUAAACAUAUGUACAGUGUCGGAGAUGUCUGGAGUUACUUUUACUGAGACCCUAGAAAUUCGACACUUGGUUAUGUUAUUAAGUAUUUUGUUUUUGUAAAUAUGCACCUCUUGUCUUAUUUGAAAAUAUAUGUAUUUUUUCU